AUGACUGGAGGCAGUCUCAGGAGGGGGCAAGAGUUCUUAGCCAUGCAUUCCGGUGUAUCUUCCGGCCGUCCCGGUAUUCGCUCUUUCCACAAGACUGGCUCGGUCUACACGAGACUUGUGCUCAUCCCUGCCACCCAUGUCUCCGGUCAUGCGAGCUCCACUCACCGGAUGCAUGCCGCGCUGGCGGUCUCACUGCAUUUUACGUGUUGUCGCUGGCAGCGUCGCAGACCUCCAAGGGCAAUCAGUGAGCCACUGAGUGAACCUCUUGGAGUGGAGGAGGCUUCUGCAGAAGAAAUCGCUGAGUACGAGCUCGAGAAGGCAGUCGAAGCUGCUGAAGAAGCAUCGGAGCGUGCGACAGAUCCAAAGGGUCCCGAUGCACUGGCUUUAGCGCGGCUGCUUGCUUGGGCAAGAUCGAACAAGCUGUUCAAGGUGCAUCCUGCAGUUGUCGUCCAAGACUCUCAGCUCGUGGUCUCUGCGAAGAUCGAGAAGGACAAUCCGAUUAUCGGGCUGAUGCCAGAGGCCCUCCUGUUUGCAGACCAAAGCUCCGAGAACGUUGACAAGGUCGAUGCAGCACUCGAGCUUGCCUGGCGAAGGCUUGUGGAGGAAGGGCUGGUGAAGCGACCGGCUGUCGAGGCCACUGAAGUUCAAUCUUGCCCAUGGCCACCGCAGUACUUGCUCGCUUUGCCGCGGCGAUCUGCUCAGCCGAUCCUUUGGCAGCAGACCCUUGUUGACGAGCUGCAGGAGACAGAGAUCCAACAGGAAGUGCAGAUGCAAUCGGAACGUGUGAAUCAAUGGUUCAAUGACAGGUGCACGUCAGUGGGCGUCGAUGCCAGCAAGCUCAGCAAGCUUCGCGAGCAGUUUGUAGAAUCCUAUGCAGCAGCCCUGGGUCGGGCCGCAUGGUUGCAGGGAAGAUGGGCAUUGGCGCCUCUGAUUGACUCCAUCCAAGUACCGGGCACUUCAGCGGACCCUGAUCGGGCUGCACUGAAAGCAAAUUGUCGCUUGGAGUUGGAGGACAUGGGUGGCGGCCGGCAGCUGCUAAUGUUGGUUUCAAGUCGAACCCUCGAGGAAGGCGUCCCAUUAGUCCGCGAGGUUGCUGCAACAGCCAAGCAGAUGCUGUUGGAAUACGGAACUGUCAUCGAGGCAGAUGCCAGCACUGAAAUGAUUGUCAAGGCUUAUUUGGCAGAGUCGGGGCCUCAAGCAGCAGCAGUGCAGAGGCUUGUCAAAGGUGCACUGCCAGGACGCUUGUUUGGAGAUGUUAUUGUGAAAGGGCUGGUUAAGCCAUUCGCUCGCUUCGAGGGAGAGGGCGGCACGCGUAUGGACGAUCUUGCCGCAGCCAUUGGGGAGAGCUUCCUCAAGUCAUCGUUGAUCCUGUCUGCGAAAAGUCUGGACGAAAUUGAAGCUUUAGAAGACGACGAGAUCUGCGACUUCUUCGUCUCCCUGACGGGCGAAGAGAAGCGAUGCUGCCUCCAAGAACUUCUUAAACUGAUGGGGAGCUGCCUGGGAGAGUUCACCACAACAUUGGCAGACGAUGAGAGGCUGCUGCGUGCGCCCUCAUCGAGAGGCUGCCGGCGCUUGGCCGUCGCGUUUCGGCAACAGCGCAAGCAGGCUCUGAGGCAACUCAUCGAAGAGAUUGGCGAGGCUGCAGACAGAGCACAGGACUCGGCUGGGCUGCCCUUCGCGGUGAUGGGAAAACGAUCCGAGGCUUCAUGA